AUGGGGGGCCGGCGGUCUCCGUUAGAACCGGGCGUGCCGUGCCAGGCAGAAUUAUGGGGUGACCUCGGGGUGUUCGAAGAAGAUGAGGAGCUGAAGGGUUUCAGGAGGGAGGCGGAAGUUCUGCGUGAGAAGCUGAGGGAGGCUCUCAGUCAUACAUCUGGUAACAUAAGGCAGUCCAGUUCUUUGACCGACCUCACCUCAGACAGUACCUGGGAUCAGCAAAAGCCUCACUUGUUUCCUAAGUCCUGCUUGAGGCCAAAAAGUGCUUCAUCUCCGUGGAUUCCUUCCAUCACCAUCCCUCAGCCUUUCCAAAUGACACUGCGGGAAGCUCGCAAAAAGUCUGAGUUGAUGAAGUCAUACAUGUUUCUUGAACUAGACAAACAGAGAGACAAAAGGCAAAGCGAGGAGGAAGCUGAAUGUCAGAAACAAUUCCGGGCACAGCCUGUACCUGCCCAUGUGUUUCUGCCCCUUUAUCAGGAAAUAAUGGAACAGAAUGAGAUUCGCAGGCAAGCAGCAAAACAGAAAAGAAAGGAGCUGCUACUUUCAACACAGCGGCCCUUCAGUUUUCUGGAGAAGGAAGAGAAAAAGAAAGAAGCUAUCAGACAAAAAUUCCUGGCAGCAGCAACCCCAAAUGAAAGCUCCAAACAGAAGCAAGCCAGUAAAAAAGUUCCUAAAUCUACUUAUGACUCACUUCUUGGAGAUAAACUCAAAGAAGCUGAACUCUACAGGGAAAUCCGUAUUCAAAUGAGAGCAGAGGAUUUGCUCAAGAGCUCCGUAGCUCCUAUAGAUACCAGCAACUGUCGGAGGGAGCCUCAGUCCCGAACUGCCACCAGAACUAAGCAGGAAAGACUUGGCUUCUUACAGGACAAAAGUUUCAGCUUCAAACCAAGGAUUAAUCCAACAAUACCAGAUUUUGAAGAAGUGUACUGGGCGUUUCAGAGGAAAACAGUAAGGAGACAAGAAAUCAAAGAGCCAACUCGUAAUAAACCAUUCAAGCUAAGAACUUCCAAUCUCCAUGCCAGGCAGAGGCAGGCUAAUGAAAAGAUAAAGGAUUCUCAGAAGCUUUCCAAGGUUUCAGUGCAAAAAAGUCACUCUCUGCCUGGACUUUCCUCUCUCUCUUCCAACACCCUUCCUGUGCAUAUUACAGAUGCAACUAGAAAGAGGGAAUCAGCUAUUAGAUAUGCCCAGGAUAACAAAAAGGAAGGGGAAAAAGAAGGAAUUCAUUGGCUGGAGAAACAGAAAAUGAAAUGUCAAGCUAUGCAAAAGUCUCUGAACAGCCGAGCAAAAGCACUGGAUCCUCAUAAAAGUCUGGAGGAAACUCAGAAGGAGAAGUCAAAACAGAUCAGGCAAAAUAUGCAAGCCAGAACAAAAGAAUACAGAAAGGAGCUAGAAGAAAUGCAGCUGCGAGUCAAGAACAGACCAUUCCUCUUUGAACAGGUCACGAAGCACGAUGCUCGUCAAGGAGCAGAGCGUCACUACAGAUGCACCCUCCAGCAGGUUGGCCUAAGCGAAGAAUUUGUAAGAAAAAAAGGGGAAGAUGUAACUGACUUGCUGGAAGAAGAAUCUGAUGUUCACAGGCUGCCUGAGCCUCGGGGUGAAAAGGAUGACUCUACUGAACAGGAAGGAGUACCUCAGGAGGAACAGAGUGCAAAGGGAGUGGCAACAUAAAAGCUCACAGAAGGAUCCAUCAAUCAGCUCUUGAGUUGUCUUUUUUAAGAUUCUCCAGGUUAAUCCUCAGGAAUUUAAUAGUUUAAGCUGACACCUAAGAAUUGCUGUAGGGUAAGAUGGGAGAAUUUAGUAAAGGAAAGAAAAACAACUGUUGUUCAGAGCAUGUCUUGUUCAACCCAGCAACCCCACAGCCUCCCUUUGUCUUCAAAAGUGUCUCUUGUGUGAGCUCUUUCCCUUUAAUGGGCAACAAAACAAGUUAAAGAAGUUGAAGCACUAUCUUUGGAUAAAAGUAGAUAUUAAAGA